GACUGUAGCUUCAAGGAAUGUAAUCACGUGUCUGUUCAAAAGUUUAGACGGGAGAAACUCAACCCGCACGUUUACGCUCAAAUUAAAAUUUUAAAGAGGUUAAUUUAACGGGCUCUAAUUUUUGGGUAUUUUUAAAGACAAUGAAGGUUUUGUUCUUUGUCAUGCGUUUUUUAUAACUUACUAGAAAAAACGUUAGCUUGCCGUAGGCAGGUCUCUAGUCAGUGCAUUAAUUGAUGGUGUUUAAAGUGGUUUAACUUUCUGUCGUUUUGCUGGUUUAAUCUACAUAUUGUCUUUAUUAAUUUAGAGAAAGGUUGCUUCUGUGGAUAAAAUUGAUCAAAAUGGUGUUCUUCACCUGCAAUGCGUGUGGCGAGUCUCUGAAAAAAGCCCAGGUCGAUAAACACGUGAACAUCUGCCGUGGGUGUCAGGUGUUGUCCUGCAUUGACUGCGGAAAAGAUUUCUGGGACGACGACUAUAAAAAUCACACUAAGUGUAUCAGUGAAGACCAGAAGUAUGGGGGGAAAGGCUUCGAGGCCAAGGCAAACAAAGGCGAUGUCAAACAACAGCAGUGGUUACAGAGAAUCCAUGAAGCCCUGAACAAAUCAAGCAUCAGUCCCAAGCUGAGAGAUGUGCUCAGGCAAGUCAGUGCAUACGACAAUGUCCCCAGGAAGAAAGCCAAGUUUCAGAACUGGAUGAAAAACAGUCUAAAAAUAUCCAACACAAGCCUACACGAGGAAGUGUGGAACAUAAUUGCUGCUGCCGUCGAUGUUCCAGAAGAUACACAGCAGCACAUGGAGAAAGAAGCUGAAGUCCAAGCAAACACUAAUGGAACUCAAACUCCGUUUGGCCACGAAGAUGUGAAGAAAAACAAAAAGAUGAACAAAAGAGAACGCAAAGAGGCCCGGCAGCAGAACAACGGAAAAGCUCCAAAACUAUAUGACGAACAAGUCACACAAGAGCAGAAAGAAAGCCAAACAGGGAAAAGGAAAAAGGAUGGAAAAAGAAAACACAAAGAAGCAGAAGAUGAAGAGCAAAACUGUGAUGAAAAUGAGAUAUCUGCCAAGAAAAGGAUUAAGGUUGCAGCAGAGGCUAAUGAUGCUGAGAUGUCAAAUGAGGCUGAAGAUCAAGCUGUUCCUCUGGGGAAAUUCCACUGGAAGGAAACCAUCAUGGCGGUUCUCCGUAAAACACCUGACCAGGAACUGCCCAUCAAAAGGCUCAAGAAGAAAGUUUUGGCAGCUUAUUACUCUUUCACUGGCGAGAGGAAUUUUAAAACAGAGGAACAACUGAUUUCUACAUUCAACAAAAAGAUCAGCAAAAAUCCGAAGUUUAGAGUUCUGAAAGACCAAGUGAAACUUGUCAAUUAGAUGCUCGUGUAUUUUGUAAGAUUUUAAAAAUAAAAUCAUUGCAACUGUCGAUAAUUAUUUUUUUUUUUUUACAGUAAUGGCAAAGGUUCAAAUUAGGGAUGUCCAAAUUCUGGCCUCGAGGGCCGGUGUCCCACAUGUUUUCCAACCAUCUUGCCAUUAAAGCUCCUUUUUGGCUAAACUCACCUGAUCUAGGUAAUCAGCAGCAGAUGAGGCAGGAUUUCUGGAAAACUAGCAGGAGGCUGGCCCUGGAGGCCUGUAUUAGGGGACCCUUGGUUUAAAUGCUUCAUAGUUCUUUGCUGAAUGAAUUGUUUUGCCCUGAGAUAUUUUUUAGUUAUUUAUUUGUUUUAGAUUUACUCUGGUGCGUCAUUUAUACAAGUUUCCAUACACCGUGCCAGUUAUAGAAGACUGCCCCGUUGCACAUUCUGAGCUAUUGGGGAUGCUGGGAAAUGGCACCUUAUCUGUGGGAUUGGAUGUUGAGAGUUUGGGUGGGAAGGAAACGGGAGAGGUCCUCCUGAGGUGAAUCUGACUCUUACCCAAGAUGAAGCUAAUGCGCAUUCCUCUGCAGCCACAAUGGGGUUCACUUGGCCCGACACACACAAGCUCCAUAGAAGCAGGACGCUUGGUGUCAGCCUCAGGUGAAAUUUGAAUGCUUUCUGAUUUUCCACAUCUCGAAAGAGCAGUCUCUUUCCUCGAUACAAACAAACACACACACAAAACAAGGAAAUCUGUGCACCUUUAUGAAGCUCUGCUUAUCCUAGAAGGCCUAACACUGAUGCUAUUUCCUUGAGCUGCUCACCUGUAAGAGGAAAUUGCACACUCUGAGCUUAAGUCAUUCUGUUACUCAGGUUUGCUUGCAUUAAAAUAUUUUUUUUUUGUC